AUGGAGGCGGAGCCGCUCAACUCCCGAAGGCGGGUCGAGCCAGAUUGGGCAGAGCCACUGUCAAGCCUCGACCUCGUCAGCCGCCUCCCCGACGAGAUGCUGCACAUCAUCAUCUCCCUCCUGCCCAAGAUAUCCGCUCAAAACCACAAACGCAUCGCCGUUGUCUCCAGUAUCCUCGUCGCUCACCCUGGCCCCGCCAGAAGCGUAUCAAUUGACCCCUUCAGAAGCACUUGCAAGGUCGACACCACGCUCGACAGCUGGUUCCGGUCCAGCACCCUAUCUUGCGUCGAGUACCUCAGAUUCGAUGGUGGAACAGUGAUGCGCUCCUUCCCGCUGUUCGCGCUCCGCUGCGCGCCCAUGCUGCGCAUUGUCAGCAUUUGUACUUGCUAUUUGCCCGAGAUUUAUGCCAACUCCAUGCUUCUUUUCCCCCAACUCAAGAAGCUCAUGCUCUAUGACGUCUACAUCUGUAAGGCGGCGAACAUCGACCGCCUGUUCACCCGCUGUAUUGUGCUCGAGGCACUUCACCUUGAGGGGGUCCACGGGUUCACCCACCUCAACAUUCACAUGCCAAAUCUUCAUACAAUUAGUGUGGCUAGCUAUUGGAAACACAACACCACCGAACUUAUUCAGUUAGACACGGUGCAAAUUAUGGAUGCAUCUUGCCUCGAGAUAUUGGUCAUAUGUGUUCAUGAUGUUCCACUACUAAUCCAGGUCGCCAACGCACCAAAGUUGAUGGUGUUGGGCUUUGCGUCGUACCCUGGCUGCCAACUUGUUAUUGGACGCAUAAACUUUUUGUUUUAUAGAACCGGCGAUAAGGUUCAUGUGUUGCAUAAUGAGCCAGCCUAUCCCAUUGAAUGCCUUGAUCUCCAAGUCAAAGAAAUUUCGAUUUCUGACUACCGAGGAAGGAGAAAUGAUGUUAUUGUCUCCAGGUUCUUUAUGCAGAACACUAGAAUGCUCAAAGUAAUGAAAUUUGGUGUAACAAAUUAUCACAAUAAGAUCUGGUGGGAUACCCAGUUCAAGCGCCUAGACCUGAAGAACACCGCUUCUAGAGAUGUUGAUUUUCAGUUUGGAUAUUUACCAUCCUUAGAUAAGUUCAGCUCGGACGGUGUUCGUAGCUGCUUGAUACAUGACUUGUCAGUGGCUGAUCCCUUUGCUAGAGAGAUAUAUGCAAGAUUUGGGCCAAUUUCUGCAUAG